GCAAGAAACCACAGGGCCUAUUGGUUUGGGUUUGUCAUCAUCGAGCAGACAAGAACAUUGCAGAAAACUCUAGGCAGAGAGGAAAUGAACUAGGGGGAACCCACGGCAGGGAGGAGGGAAAGAGGGCGGGCGUGGAAGGAGAGAACUGAAGUGCUGGGGCACCGUCAUGGUGAGAGGAUGGAAGAAGUGGCAGUGAAGCAGGGCCCCCUGUAUCUUCUACAGCAGCAGACUUUUGGAAAGAAAUGGCGCCGGUUUGGGGCUAUGCUGUAUGGAGAGUCAGGCUGCGCCUUGGCCCGGUUGGAGCUCCAGGAGGGCCCUGAGAAGCCACGCCGGGGAGAGGCCGCCAGGAGGGUGAUCCGCCUCAGUGACUGCCUACGGGUGGCUGAGGCCGGCGGGGAGGCCAGCAGCCCCCGGGACACCAGCGCCUUCUUCCUGGAGACCAAGGAACGCCUAUACCUGCUGGCAGCCCCCGCUGCGGAGCGCAGUGACUGGAUGCAGGCCAUCUGCCUCUUGGCCUUCCCUGGCCAGAGGAAGGAGCUGCUGGGGCCGACGAGGAAGGGCAGCUGGCCUUGCAUGGAGGAGAAUGAACUGUACAGCAGCACGACUGCAGCGGCCCCCCGCAAGGAGUUCUCUGUGACCAUGAGACCCACAGAAGCCAGCGAGAGGUGCCGGCUCCGGGGAUCCUAUACCCUGCGGGCUGGAGAGAGUGCACUGGAGCUGUGGGGUGGCCCUGAGCUGGGCACCAAAUUGUAUGAGUGGCCUUACAGGUUCCUGAGGCGCUUUGGUCGGGACAAGGUAACCUUUUCCUUUGAGGCAGGCCGCCGUUGUGUCUCUGGAGAGGGCAAUUUUGAGUUUGAAACUCGGCAAGGCAAUGAGAUCUUCUUGGCUCUGGAAGAGGCCAUCUCUGCCCAGAAGAACAGUGCCCCUCCUGGGCCCCAAACCCAGCCAGCCACAGUCCCUGCGGUGCUGCCCCGGCCAGAAAGCCCCUACUCCCGGCCCCACGACUCACUGCCACCUCCGUCACCGACCACUCCAGUCCCCACCACCCGGCCGCGGGGCCCAGAGGGGGAAUAUGCAGUGCCCUUCGAUGCAGUAGCUCGUAACCUGGGGAAAAGCUUCAGGGGUAUCCUGGCGGUUCCUCCCCAGUCCCCAGUGGACCCUCUGUAUGACAGCAUUGAGGAGCACCCGGCCCCACAGCCCGACCACAUAUACGAUGAGCCCGAGGGAGUGGCUGCCCUAUCCCUGUAUGACAGCCCACAGGAGCCCCAGGGUGAAGCCUGGAGGAGGCAGGCCUCAGCUCACAGGGACACCAGCAGCCUCCAGCACGUCUACCCAGCAGGGCAGGACUUUUCUGUGUCUGGCUGGCCACAGGGAACAGAGUAUGACAAUGUUGUACUUAAGAAAGGCGCUAAGUGAUGGGGGGCAGAGGAGAUGUUGACCUUAUCGAAUGCCGGUGCUGAAACUAUCCUGUGCUCGCUGGGGCACCAGUCAGAGGCCAGUGUGAAGGAGUGGGAGGACGACCACAGGCCUCCCUUCUAGUUUCUUCAGGUUACUUCUCCUGGCCACUGCACUCCAGGAACUUCCCUCUGCUCCUUCCGGAACACUUGCCUUGGCCUGCCCUAGUCUGGUCUGAGGAAUUGUCCCUCCCAGGGCCUGCUGUGUGAGUCAUCCUCCCAAAGCAGGAAGGGGGCCCUAAAGAGACACACCCUCCUCCUACCCCUUUUCCACUUCCUCUUCUGUCUUUCCUAAAGGAAGCUUGGGCAUUUAGGGCAGAGGACAAAAGGAUGUCAGCAAAUUGCCCUGGUUUCUUGCCUUAUACAGGCAUCUUCCCUGCUGACCUCCCUUCAGGGGACCACCCCGGCUCCAGGCACUGGGAUGAUGGCUGCAGCUUUAUGUAGGUUUUAGGCUUCUCUGUGGCAUUAAACACAUCUGGAAUAUU